AUUCCCGAUGGAAUAAUAAGAAAUAGGAAAGUGCAGCCGGAAGCCGCCCGGUAUUUUUGUGGAUUCUUUAACUCCGGAACUCCGGUGCACUUGUGACGACGUGGCGCCUGUUUUCAGCUCCGCCCAUAUCAACUUGACACGGUAACUCGUCCAAGAUACGAAUUUCUCUGUUGCCUGUUACCUGCUGCCUAGUAGUGAUGACUAAGUUAUAGUAACAGGCAACAUGAUUGUCAAAAAUAAAACUAUGAAUACUUUCUAACACCAUCAAUACGAAAUAGGGGCUGGGCUAAGUUCGGAUAUACAGAGAUAAUAACCAUAUUAUCAACGAAAGAAUAAUCGCCAAAUCCUCUGUGAGGCGCGACACGAUGUAUCGUGCUUCUGCGGGCAGCAUUGAUACCCAGGGCAAUAUGCCUCUGGAUAUAAAUCUUUGAGGGUUCGACCGGCUUGUCGCGUUGACUCUUUGAUUAAAGCCCGAUGUCUUAUACCUAGUAUCAUUCUCAGAUUAGUUUCCUCUUCAGUCAGUAUCUUCCUCUCACACACUCGGUACGACAGCAAUAUGGUUCGAACAGAUGCGUUAUCAGCGUCAAUUAUCCUGUCUACUCUGUGGGGAUUGACCAUAGCAUCACCAUCUCCACAUGAGUUCACCUUAACGUGGAAGAGAGAAAAUGGAAAAGAAACUUUCAACGCCACGACAACUUUCUAUAUAUACUACUGUGAUGCCCAAAGGCAGAUACCGGCUAUUGAACAAGCACAUAAAGAUGCCCUGAAGCUCGCCAAUGCGGCCUUCUACGAUGAUAGAGAGUUAUCAGUAGGCGACCCGCAUCAACUCAUCGAUUUCACCUCGCAAGCUGCUAUUGAUUACUUCGGCCCCGCCGACUUCAAGCCCAGCCAACACCAGCGGAUCUAUGAUACCCUAUAUCGUGCUACAGAAACAUAUCCUGGAUGGGGCCUCUCCGACUGGUGGAAUAGCCGGUACAUCGACGUCUUCUGCGACGACUUCGCCAACGAUUGCGUCAAUAAGGAGACCGGUACCAAGAGCGCGGCGUAUCUUAGCCAGUGGGACCCUGCCACGAAGCGUCCGAGACAGUGGCCUUGGAUAAACUACUGUCCGCCCUUUUUCGACAUUCUGAAGUCUCACGAAGACAAGGUGAAGGAGAUUGACAACGACAAGACCGGGAGGAAAAAGCUCAAUACUAAGAAUCUGCGGACUCGAGCAACAACCGCACUCCAUGAGUGGAUGCACAUCAAUAAUGACCAUAGCUCGAUGAUUUGUGAAGGAGGCUGCGAGGAUACGAAACAAAUAAUCGGCGGCGAAUGGACAUCUACAUAUAAGUCCGGCGCAGCCAAGCUACUCGCACGGAAAAGCCCCGAGCUAGCCGCCAAAACCAACGAUAACCUUGUAUACUUCGCCACCGCGCGCUUCAUGGAGAAAAGGUGGGGAGUGUAUCCGGAAUUUCCACUAGCCUGGGACAACAGAAAGACGCCGAAGCAGAACAAGGAAGCCGAGAAACUGCAGCCGGGUGAACCAGAAGCGACAUCUACUUCCGACUUGGAUGCGCUAGGAGACGGCGACCCGAACGUCGAUGGCACUCCGGUGCCCUCGGUACCCGCUGAUGCCCCGCUGUUAGAUGCGAAGAAUUAUCCCCAGUGGUACCAGCCCGUCCUCUCCGCGACUGGGAGCAGCACGCUCCCACCAAUAUCGCAGCCGACACGCAAGCCGAUCCCGCCCGCAGCACUACCGAAGUUCGACGCCGUGAGAUGCAAUUACAUGGUCAACCGCAACAUCCAAGACCCAACCUACGACGACUGCGUGCAGGCAUUCGCGCCGACGUUCGAUUACACGAACCGGACGCAGUGGAUGGCGCAUCCGCCGAAGCCGGGGAAGGGGACUACGGCGUAUAGUGGCUGGACGAGCGGGACGUGUGCGCUGACGGUUCAGUAUGGUGGGGAUUGGUCGGGGUGCGAGGCUACGAAUGGGGAUAUUUGGACGCAUGCAAGGGUUGUGUUUGAGGGGUGUGUGGAUUAUAGCACGAGGACUGUGGGAGGGUCAGUGCCGUUAAAUGUAAAGGGGUGUCCGGGGAAUGUGUCGAUUACGCAUACGGUUGAGGCUAUUGAGGCUAUUGGGUGAGGGAGGGGGUGAGUUUGUGUGGGUGGUGUGUGAUGUAGGUUUGUAUAUAUGGUGGUUUGGGGGAUGGGUUGUAUAUAUUUGGUAUGUUCCUUUUAUUAAAUCUCUGUAGAAAAAUAGAAAGAAAUAUUCUGAUACUAUCAAUCUAAUCUAGAAUCUCAGUCAGCCUCUACAUAAUAAAAAUGCAUCAUAGGAGCCAUACAUAUGCCUAAAAUACAUCGCAUCAACUCCAACCCCUAAUACUCAGACCUGUCUACUACCAAGUCUAUCCGGCAUAAAACCUCACAAACGACUCUUCUCCGGCUGCCACAUCUCAUUAAUCAAACGACUCGCAUUAACCAACUCCGGGCCCGCCUCGUCUAGAGACUUAAUCCCCAAAAGCUGCAUCCCAUUAACCAGCUCCUCCGCCAAAAUAUCAAAACACCUCUCAACACCCCUCUCCCCAUACGCCCCCAGCGCAUAAAAAAACGGCCUCCCAA